AUGAUAAUAACCCUACUGCACUUUCAUGCACCGUACAUUCAAUCCUCGAUUUGUAGACCAGAAAUCUCCACGGCACCGAAGAAUGAUCACGAAGCUGCGGUGAACCGUAAGAAAGCGUGUGACUUGCUGCAAGAUGCGGAUUAUCAGGCUGCUCUGAAGUAUUUCAACAAAAGCAUCAUGCUGGCGAACCCGGACAGCGAAACACUGACAUUGGCCUACCUGGACAGGUCAGCGGUUUUCCACCGCGCAGGGAAGUUGAAGAAGGCGAACCAGGAUAUUCAGCGGGCCAUGCAGCUGUCGAAGUCCCCGGAAGUGACGCAGCUGCUGCAGAGUCUUCAGGCCCGAUUCCAGUUUCAGCAAGACAGCCCCGGGCAAGGGCGCAAGUGCGUGAGUCUCGUUGUCAACACUGCCCACCCAGAUAGGUGCGUGGUGGAGCCUAAGCCCGACUAUUGGGAGUCACUGGGACAAGGCCAGCGACAUCUGCAGUACGGACGGGAAAGUGGGGUGCAGGCUGCUUUGCCGGAUCCAUCCACUCCUGCCAACGCGGGUGGCAUGGAAGCCAAAUUGCAGUUGACCACCAGUCAGGGAAGAAACUCUUGGGAAGGAGAUGGCCCUGCCACAACGCCAGUUCUAGAGACCAUUUUCGACCACGGAUGCAACCCGAACCCAAAGCCAGAGUCCCUAGGCGAGCCAGCAGAGGCUGUGAGUUUUCCUUUGAGGGUCGACGGGCCAGAGAACCCAUUGCUGCCUGGCUGCUCUACGGCUGUGGAACCCUGUUUUGACCCUGCUCAUGGAUGGGGUCUGGUGGCAGCCCGGGAUAUCACACCCGGAGAAGUUCUCAUGACGGAGACACCGGCUGUGAAGAUCCUCUUGCGGGAUUUCUGGGACUCUCAUUGUACGUGGUGUUUGCAAGCAGCUGACGCAUGUGUUCCUUGUUACACGUGUACGAAGGUGACUUACUGCUCCGAGUCAUGCCGCGACUCGAGCUGGAACACGUUUCACCGCUACGAGUGUCCCAUGAUUGCCAACCUGAGCGAGAAAUCUUUGGAAGAUGGCUGUCUUUUGUGUGUCCGUCUGCUUACGAAUACGGGGCCCGAGGCAUUGCGGACCCUGCGGAACACUUUGGAACAGGUGAACAUGCCAACGUGGCGGUCGGCGGCGUUCACCCACACCCGCGGGUCGUCCGCCGACUGGCACCCUCACCCUCUCGUGUCCGUCUUCUGCCUGCCGUCCAAGGCCGAGUGCCGCGGGCCCGCAGUGCUCUACAAGGCCGCCAUCAACGCCGUCUACAUCGUCAAGUGUCUCCGGGCCAACGCGGACUUUUGGGCGGCACUGUCAAGCCGCAGGAGGAGCUGCAGCAGGAGUCGCGACAACGACGACGACGACGAUGUCGACGACAAUGCCAACAAUAACCCGCCGUCUGACGAUGAAGAGUUCCUCGCCCGACUCGCCUUCAGCCUGGUGCUCAUCUCGGCCUGCAACUCGUUCCCUGUCCACGAGGUCCGCUUUGGCGACGACAGCAAACCGCCUCGCAUCACGCGUGUCCGUCUUGGCACCAUUGGCGUCGGCAUUGCACCGGUGUGCAGCGUGUUGGCGCACUCGUGCGACCCGAACGCCGUGCGGUUGUUCGUGGACGACUCGCUGGUGGUGCGGGCGCUGCGGCGAGUGGCGGCCGGGGAGCCGGUCCAGCUGGCCUAUGGCAUGCACUAUUAUCAGCGGGACAAGGCGGCCAGGGUGCAGAGCCUGAGUAGCACGAGGCACGAGGACUGCGCGUGUCGGGCCUGUGUUGAAGAAUGGCCGACGUUGGAGGAGAUGGCGGGGAAACAGCUGCCGCCGCCGCGGGCGGGGUGUCCGGCGUGUGCUGACGGCGGUGCUGCUGGUAGUGGGCCGUGUUCUGCUACUGCUGAGGAUAUGAAGUGCGAGCGAUGCGGACAAGACGUGUCUGAGGCGCUGACGAGCCUGAAGGAGCUCCAAGACGCUGCUGCUUACCUCUCGCAAACCCUGGAGCCCGCAUCCGUUUCCUGCGCCAUCGACGUCUACCACAAGAUCGGACUCUGCUCAGAGGCCCUCUUCCGGAGUCCCAACAAGCACACGGCCUUUGCUUUGCAGCAGCUCAACAAGCUCUACCUCAUCCAGGCUGCACUCCAUGGGCAACAGGCUUGUCGAGAUGCUGGGACCAAAUCGUUUCAUGGCAGGGAGUGCGGCUUGCUGGAUGCCCUGGAGGUGGAUGUUCUGGAUCACAGAGUUCUUUUGGCCCUGAGAUGGUUCCUUUCACUGGCUGACAAGUCCUGUCCUGGAUUGGGGCAAAGGAAACGUGAUUUUGCAAGUGGCGAUGAUCAUGACACUAAAGGCGACCCUUCAAGGUGUCCCGUGUACCAUCAGAAAGACCUGCAUGAACUGUUGCCAAUAAUGCUGGACACGAAGGUCUCCCUCGCUAAAUGUGACAAAAAAGACGAGUUUUGGUUCCAGGCCAUGUCGGUGCUGUUCACUGCCAAACUGCUGACACGUGGCGAUUCUCCGUCAAGUGAAAACGACCAAGUGGCCAAAGCAGCAUCUACCCUGUGGCACAUUUUGCUGGCGUCACAACAGGCGACGCAUCCAUUGGUGUCGUAUGGCGCCGAACCUGGUGCUGGUGACCGCCUCGGCGUGAAGCUCGUUCGGGUCGGCGAAUGCAUUUCCUGGGUGCUUGGGGCGGCGUUCCAGUCAUGUGCGCCCAAUGCUGUGCAGGCCUUUGUUGCUGGCAAGAUCCUCGUCCGCGCUGUUGACGUCAUCUCAGCUGGCACUCUCAUCAAGGUAUCUUUUGGGGUACUUUCCCACAACCAUAACCUGGAAGAUAGAUCCCGUUUCCUACUGGAAAAAUUCAACUACGUCUGCCGCUGCCUCGCCUGCGUGGAAAACUGGCCGCGACUCACUGACUGGAACCGGCCAAGAAUUGUUGCGUGCCCGGGUUGUCAAUCACAGUUUGAGCUCCUCACAGAACCCGUCUGUGGAACCUGUGGUAGAACACUCUUGCCUGAGAUCGAAGCCAUUGUAGCCCUCAAGAAUUUGGCCGAGGAUCAGAUUGCUGGCAUGUCGAGGAAGCCGAGAACACGACCAGAAACUACUCGCUCUUUGCUACGCACAUUUCAAGAGUUGCAGUUGAGGAUGAAGCCAUUGUUUGUGAAACCCUGCAAGGACCUCUUGAUGGCCCAGUCGCACGUCAUGAGGGUUGUGAUGAUGGACACCAUUGCCAGGCGCCUGUGA